AUGUUCUUUUAUGUAGAUCCAGCAUCAGCAUGUCCAUCGGGCAUUAUGAGAUAUGACUACCUAGUUGAACUUCAUAAUGCAACUGCUUUUGAUUUUGCACAUUAUCAGCACUCAUAUCGUGCAGUAUCUAAUCGGACAACAUUGUUAUUUGCAUUUGUUCACUAUACAAGUCGAUGGGCGCUGGAUGAUAUUUCUGUUGCACGUCUCAAUACUACUAAUAAUUUAAUUGUUAAUGGUGGAUUCGAAACCGGUACACUGACUCCAUUUUCACUGUGUCGUACGUGGGCUUCGUCCUCAACUAGAACACUUCAUUUGGGUUCUGGUAAAACUGGUAAUUACUAUUUAAUUAGUGAAAAUAAACAACCAUACGAUAUUUUAUGGCAAACAUUCACCACAAUUCCACAACAAGAAUAUGUGAUCACAUAUUCACUAUGGAAUUUCGGUUCAGCACCCAAUGCAUUUUUUGCAUACCUCGGAGCAUUGAAUACUACAGGACAAACAAUACUUGCUUCAACAAAUACUGAACAUAAUAUUCCAAAACAACCAAUGGUUAUUGCAACAAAUACACAAUCGUCUACCACAAAAAACUCAUCGUUAUUAUGUCCAACAGGUAUCAUAAAGUAUGACUACCUAUUCUAUCUUUAUAAUACAACCGCCUUUAAUUAUACUCGCUAUGAGCAAACAUAUCGUGCAUUAUCUGAUCGAACAAUAUUGUUAUUUGCAUUUGUUCACUAUAAAAGCCAAUGGGCGCUAGAUGAUAUUUCUGUUACACGUCUCAAUACCACUACUAAUUUAAUUAUUAAUGGUGGAUUUGAAACUGGAACAUUGACUCCAUUUUCAGUAUGUCCUCCAUCGAAUACAUACUCAGCUGGAACAGUUUAUCGGGGUACUGGUAAAACUGGUAAUUACAGUUUCGUCGAUGGUAGUUAUCAACCAUAUGACUUUUUAUGGCAAACAUUUACCACUGUUCCACAACAAGAGUAUGUGAUCACAUAUUCAUUACGAAAUUUCGGUCCAGCACCAAAUUUGUUUGUUGCAUUUCUUGCUGCAUUAAAUACUACGACACAAACAACGAGUACUUCGACAACUACACAACAACCUACCACAAAAUCAUCUGGAACAGUUUAUCGCGGUUAUGCUAACACUGGUAUUUUCAGUUAUCGUGAUGGUAGUACCAUCACUGGUAAUUACAUAUGGCAAGAAUUCACGACUGUUCCACGUGAACAAUAUGUGAUCACAUUUUCAUUAAGAAAUCUUGGUUCAGCACCCAAUACAGCUUAUGUAACUAUUGCUUCAUUAAAUACAACAGGACAAACAACAAGUCCUUCAAAAACUACUGUACAGCAGACUACAAAUUUGACAACAACAACUCGUCGUACAGAUAUAUCAGUUACCAAUUCAUUAUGUCCAAAUCCACCUUUAAUUGCUAAUAGAACAGUAACAUUACUCACACGUGUCAAUUCAUCAGAAUUUAAUUAUACAUAUUUUCAAUAUAUAUAUCGUGCAAUAUCGAAUCUUACAACUUUAACAUUUGCUUUUUAUCAUGAUCCAAGUUACUGGUGUUUAGAUGAUAUAUCUGUUAUGAAAAUAAAUAGUACUAUUAAUUUAAUUAUUAAUGGUGGAUUUGAAACAGGUUCAACAUCUUCUUAUUCAGUCUGUGCACCAUCCAGUGCAAAUCCAGCAGGUUAUGUUUCUACAGAAUGUCCACAUACAGGUUUACGUAGUUUUUAUGAUGGUAGUUAUUUAUCUGGUGAUUAUUUAAGUCAAACAUUUAUAACUGAUAUUGGAAAAGAUUAUCAAAUUAGUUUUUGGCUACGUAAUUUAGGAUCAAUACCGAAUUCAAUUAAAGUUACUGUUACAGGCAAUGUUAUUUCUUCUAAUUCAACAACAACAACUCAGACUGCAAUGACAACUCUUUCAACAACACCAAUUACUAUAACCCAAUGUCCAACAUUAUCAAAAAAUUCAACAACAGAAUUACUCUCUCUUACAAAUUCACCUACAUUUAAUUAUACACGUUUUUCAUUUAUUUAUUAUGCUACAUCGAAUCGUACUCUACUAUCAUUUGCAUUUCGACAAGAUCCUUCUUAUUGGUGUUUAGAUGAUAUUUCUGUUAAAUUAAAUAAUACUAAUACAAAUAUAUUAGUCAAUGGUGAUUUUGAAACGGGUGUACUUACUGGAUAUUCUAUUUGUAAUCAAAAUUCGAGUAGAUUCUCCGGUGGUAUUUCAGCUAUUCAAUGUGCUCAUAAUGGACAACAUGGUUUUUAUGAUGGUAGCUAUGCUAAUUUUGAUUAUCUUUGGCAAGUAUUAACAACAAUUCCAGGAAAAUAUUAUGAAAUUAGUUUUUGGUUGCUUAAUUUGGGUUUAACACCAAAUUUAUUCAAGGCUACUAUUGGACCAUACAUUAUUUCAAAUGUAUCAACAACAAUAGCCACUCACACAACGACGAGAUAUCUUACUACUACAACUUCAUCUACGAUUCAAUCAUGUCCACCAUCAUUUCAAAAUGCUACACGUUUACUUUCACUUGUCAAUGUAGAUCCAUUCAAUUACACUCAUUAUUCUUAUACAUAUGUUGCAAAAUUUUCUCGUACUACACUAAUAUUUGCUUUUCAACAUCAGCCAGCACGGUGGUGUCUCGAUGAUAUUUCAGUACGAAUGAAUAAUUCAAAUGAAUAUAUUGUUGAUGGAGGCUUUGAAUCUGGUGUUCUAUCAUCUUAUUCAUUAUGUAAUCCAUCGAAUUCAUCAUCUAUUGGUAAAAUAGCUACACAAUGUAUAAAGACAGGCAGCUACAGUUAUCUUGAUGGUAGUUAUCCGAAGCCGGAUUAUUUGAGUCAAACAUUUUCAACACAACCAAGCUAUGUAUACAAAAUUAAUUUUUGGCUUCGUAAUCUAGGCUCAGCACAGAAUUCAAUGAAUGUUACAAUUUAUUGA